AUGGCUGAUUUCUCCCAAUACACCGGUCCUAGCGAGGAGUGGCUGGCGUUGGAAGCAACCCUGCCAGCGCUUCCGGAUUUCGCCUCCUUGGAAGCCCUCAAAGCCGAAGCCAAUGCGGGGCGUGAAGCCAUCGCUGCGAAGGCCCUGGUCGCGGAGGGUCUCCAAUCACAGGUCGCUUUCCGAGACUAUUCCAUCCCUGCUCGCGACGGGACAGCCCUCGAGGCCAGAACAUACCGUCCGGCCUCUCUGCCUUCUUCCCAGCCUCUCCCCGUGUAUAUCCACCUCCACGGCGGUGGAUUUCUAAUGGGGACCCUUGCAUCGGAAGACGCAAUUUGCUCGCGUAUUGUCUUCGGCCUGGUCGCUGAAUCAACCCCGGUGGUCGUAGUCAACGUCAACUACCGUCACACCCCGGAGCACAAAUACCCGAUUCCCUGGAACGACGUCGAAGAUGCCUUCCACUGGGUCCACGACUAUCUUGUGGAGAUUGGCGGCGACGGAGAUCAAGUCGUCGUCGGUGGCAUAUCGGCUGGUGCCAAUUUAACCGCCUCGUUGGUGUUGGCGCAGAAUAUGGGGACUGACGAGGCCUUGGCCAAGCGACCAAAGAUAAAGGGUCAAGUGUUGAUGAUCCCGGUAUUAGUGACGCGGAAUUGUUACGCGAAACACCUUGCGAGGCUGAAAGAUCCACAAGUGUCGAGCUACGUGCAAAAUGAACAUGCCCCGAUUCUACCAGUCACUCGAGUGGACUUCUUCACUGGACUCUUGGGAUCCCCUGAGGUCGACACAGACCCGCGGUUGAACCCGGGUAAUGCGACGGCCAAACAAGUACAGGGAUUGCCACCGACCACGUUUGGUAUUGCAGGCAGAGAUCCGUUGAGGGACGAGGGGCUCUUGUAUGCGAUGUUACUUAGUGAAAAUGGUGUCCCCACGGAUGUCAAUGUCUUCACUGGGCUGCCGCAUGGGUUUAGAAGACACGGUACUCUUUCUGAAAGUAAACGAUGGGACGCAGUGAUAAACUGGGGAAUCAAGUGGGCCUUGAGUGGUCCUACUGGCACUGGGUCGUUUGAGAUCAAGGAUAAAUGA